UUUUUUGAAUAUAAAUAACUGAAUAAACCUUUACACUUCAAUAUGCUAAUAAUUUUUGUGUGGUAGAUGUAUAGACUUUUUAAGUAAUACUGCAGACUCAGUUUAUAGCUCAUCUCACAUGCGAGAUAUUAAUACAGAAUGGAGGGGAAACAGAAGAGUAACCCAUUCGAUUCAGCUGGUAUUUUUUCUCGUGCGUUUUUCUGUUGGCUUUUUCCAAUAAUAAUCAAAGGAACAAAGCACCGUUUAAAGGAAGAAGAUUUAUUCGAAAUUUCGAAAUAUCAUAGUUCAGAAUAUCUUGGAAAUAUGCUUCAGAAAGAGUGGAACGAAGAACUACAGAAGAGAAAUCCAAACAUACUGAAAGCUGUAUUACGAUUAGUUGGAUGGAAAUUCUUAACAUUAAUUUUACUUAUAUUGGUUCAGGAAACGGCGGUAGUCGCAGGCCAAGUACACUUUUUAGGAGUAACAGUACACUAUUUUGACAAUAGGUCGGAAUGGAAUCCAUACAAUAUUUACUUAAGCAUUGCCGGAUUUUUUGCAAUGACUGCGAUGUUUUUUAUAUUAUAUAAUACUAAUUAUAUUAUGACAGAAUUAAUUGGAAUGAAUUUAAAGAUAGCUUUUUGCACGAUUAUAUAUAGAAAGGCAAUGAGGUUAAGUUCUUCAUCUCUUGAAAAAUCGAAUGUUGGGCAAAUGGUAAAUCUUAUAGCAAAUGAUGUCAGCAAAUUUCAAAAUAAUAUUAAUGGAAUUCCAUAUUUGUUUUCAAAUCCGUUUUUAAUCAUCACUACGAUAGCGAUAUUAUGGCAAUAUUACGGAUGGACUAUUUUAGUAGGAUUCUUGGCCAUAUUUCUCUUCAUUCCUAUACAAUUUGUUUUGAGUAAACUAUAUUCAAAAUUCAGAUUACAAGCAGCUGUAUUGGGAGAUAAAAGAUUGAACCUGUUGAACGAGAUGAUUGCUGAUAUGAGAUUAAUUAAAAUGUACACCUGGGAAUUGCCAUAUGUCGCAUUAGUUGAGAAAUUCAGAAAGAAGGAAAUGAAAAAAGUUCGAAUGUUUUUAUAUGCAAGAGGAGUAUCGAUUAUGUUGGGAUAUCCUAUAUGUAGAUUAUUUACUUCCCUCACAUACCUUGCAUUUUUCUUAAAUGGAGGACAACUGAAUGCCCAAAUUGCAUAUAUCACUAUGGCUCUUUCUGCAUACAUUUUCGGUAGCACUAUCAGUUUAUUUUCACGUGCAACAGAUUGUGCUGCAGAAGUUUUGGUUUCGUCGAAGAGACUUCAGGAUUUUCUUCUUCUUCAAGAAAAAGAUGACGAGACUCUCAAAGCUGUAGAGAAUAGCAAAAUUUUAACCGAAUAUGGAAUAUGGAUGAAUAACGUCACAGCUACAUGGAAAAAAGAAACCUACCCAACAUUAAAAGAUAUAUCUAUAAACGUACAACCUGGAGAAUUAUUAACUGUUGUAGGCCCUGUCGGAUCAGGAAAGACGUCUUUCUUAUUGUCCAUUUUGGGAGAAAUUCCUGUUACUUCCGGUAAAGUGAUAGCGAAAGGAAAAAUUGCUUACGCUUCUCAAGAAGCUUGGGUAUUCAACGGAUCAAUCAGAGAAAAUAUCUUGUUCGGAGAAGAAUACGAAGAGGAGAAAUAUAAAAAAGUUCUGUAUAUAACUGCUCUAGAAAAGGAUCUAAGUUUAUUUCCUAAAGGAGAUCUAACUACCGUGGGAGAAAGAGGAGUGAUAAUGAGCGGUGGGCAAAAAGCAAGAAUUAAUCUAGCAAGAGCAUUAUAUCUUGAUGCCGAUGUAUUCCUCCUUGAUGAUCCACUAAGUGCUGUUGAUGUUCCAGUGGCAAAACAUAUCUUCGAAAAAUGUAUAAUGGAAUAUCUGAAUGACAAGAUUUGUAUUUUAGUUACGCAUCAAGUACAAUUUUUAAAUUUUGCAAGUAAAAUUUUAGUGUUAAAUAAGGAAAAAUAUGAAAUCGUUGGAAAUUACAAUAGAGUAGAAAAUUUAAAAAUGCUUACAGGAAUUUCGUCUGAUAAUGAAAUCGCUGAAAAUAGGAUAGAAUUAGAAACUGCUCUUUUGAACGAUGAUAAAAUAUGUGAAAGUACUCAAAGUCAUAUCUCUGAUGAUAUUGAAAAUAGUAACAACAGUUAUGUGGAAAAUGAAAAUAAAAAAGUACCACCUGACGAUGUAGAAGUUGGAACAAUAGAAACUUCAGUCUAUAAAGAAUAUUUGAAUGCUGGAUCAAGUUUUCUCUUCAGGAUAUUGUUAUUACUAAUGCUAGUUGUAGUACAAUCUAUUACAAAUGUCAGUGAUUAUUGGCUAAUGAAAUGGUAUGCCACAGGAAGAUCUCCACUUUCUUCUUCCUGCGACAGCACUGCGCCUAUGGCUGCAUUGGACGCAUCAGUUGCCAACACAGAAGGAAAAGUUCUAAAUCGAUUUUCGAAAGAUGUAAAUAACGUAGAUGACAAUUUACCUAACAAUGUUCAUCAAUCGUUAAAAGCAUUCUUUCUGUUCGCUGGAAUGUGUGUUCUUCAAGCAAUCCUCUGUCCUUAUGUUUUCAUAUUGACAUUUGUCAUUACAAUGUUAUUGUACGCUAUGUGGACGAUUCACAGCCGUGUGCUGAAAAGCAUAAAAAUUAUUGAAGGAAAAUCAAGAAGUCCCGUAUUUUCUCAUCUCAGUGUAUCUCUGUAUGGACUAACAACAAUUAGAGCAUUUAACGCUGAAAAUAAAUUUAUUUCCACUUUUAAUGAAUAUCAGGAUAAUCACACUGCAACGUGGAUCAUUUACAUUUCACUAAAUCGAUGCCUUUCUAUAUAUGGUAACAUCGUUUGUUACAUAAAUUUACUUAUUACUGUUAUUAUUUUCAGUAUAUCAAUUCAUCCAGAUGAUGCAGGAAGCCAAAUCGGACUUGUUAUGAGUUAUGCACUAUUAUUUGUUAUGCUUUUUCAAACUACUAUUAGGUAUAUUUCUGAAGUGGAUUUUCAGAUGAAUUCUGUAAAACGUAUUCUGAAAUACAGCAAAUUAAAAUCAGAAGCAUCGUACGAAAGUUCGUCUGAUAAACAACCACCCGCGGAUUGGCCACAAAAAGGAGAAAUUUAUUUCGAUAACGUUUCUUUACAAUACUCCAAGGAUAAAAAUAUUGUUUUGAAAAAUUUAACGUUUCGUAUUCAUUCGGGAGAAAAGAUUGGAAUUGUUGGGAGAACGGGAGCUGGAAAAAGUUCUAUAAUUGCUUCGUUAUUUCGCAUGACGGAGCCAACAGGAACAAUAACCAUCGAUGGAAUUGACACAAAAGAUAUUGGUCUUCGGGAUCUACGCAGUAAAAUUUCGAUCAUUCCUCAAGAUCCAAUGUUAUUUACCGGUCCACUUCGAAGAAAUAUCGAUCCUUUCAAUGAAUAUUCAGAUGAAAUUCUAUGGAAAGCUAUAGAAGAGGUGCAAUUAAAGGAAGUUAUCAGUACGUUGCCUGGAGGAUUGGAUACACAUUUGUCAGAAGGAGGACGAAAUUUCAGCGUAGGAGAAAGACAGUUAAUUUGUCUUGCCAGAACGAUUCUUCGCAAGAAUAAAAUCCUGGUCAUGGAUGAAGCAACAUCAAAUAUAGAUAAAAAAACUGAUUCCUGCAUACAGAAAAUAAUUCGAGAAAAAUUCAAAUCGUGUACCGUGUUGACAAUAGCCCACAGGUUACAUACAAUUAUCGAUUCGGACAGAGUACUGGUUUUAGAUAAUGGAAAACUUCAAGAAUUUGACAGGCCAUAUAAAUUACUUAAGAAUGUGAAUGGUACUUUUUAUAACUUGGUAAAAAACUCGGGAGUUACUUUGAUGAACGAGCUAUUUAAAAUUGCUGAAAAUAAAUAUUAUGUUCAAGAAUGUAUGGAAAUAACGAGAUUAUAAUAUAGUGGAUUUUUCUCGAUACGCAAUUAACUUUUUGUGGAUCUCGUGCUGUAUUUAAACUAUUUCGUAUUCUGAAUCAUCUGUUUUAAGUGCAGUUUCUGCAUGACAUUUAGGAUAUAGAAUUGCUAAAAUCUUUAGUAAAAACUGUUAAAACUUAAAUACUAUUUGUGAUUCCUACUGUUAAUCUUAUGUUUUAAACAUUAGUUUAAUGUAGUCAGUAUAUUUGUUUAGAUAAUGUUGUUAGAAAAAUAAAGAAUGGGUUAUUUACAAAAAAGUAUUAAAGUUUUAAAAUAUGUAAACAAGAAAAAAUGCGUUUAUUGGACUAUUUUAUAAUGACUUUUCAGAAAUUUCAUGAGAAAGAGUUUCAUUGAAAACAUCAAUCUAAUAAUGAAUAUAAAUUUCAGUAAUGGUUUGCAUCAUUGUUAUAAGCAACAAUAAAAAUAAAUAUGUUCUGAAUAUAUUUUCAAUAUGUAUUAUCUU